AUGGGCACGCCGCAGCGCCCGCGCCCGCGGCAGCUGGCGCGCACCAACGCCAUGCGGAACUCCUCCUACUCCGCGGACGUCGUCGCCUCUAGGUUGCAGCCAGCCGGCGACGGGGAGGAAGCUGGGUUGGCCACCGAAUUGGUCCAAUCGGAGACCAUACAAGUUUCAGCAAAAUCAUAUCAACGACCAUGGGCCGAAUCCAAAGCCAUAUUGGUCGAAUCAGAGAGAGUGGAGACCUCUACACGAGAGGUCACUGCUGUGUCUGAGCCGGAGAAUGCAGGUGAAGGGAAGGGGAAUGACAAAUUGGCCAAAGUGGAAAUAUCACGAGAGGAGAGGACAAGAGAAGUGGUUGUGGAGGCCACAAGGGAGAAGGCCACUGGUGCCCUGGCUCUCGUUGUUGCAGAGUCCAAUUCAUGUGACAUCGAGCAUUUGGUCUCGCCGUCGCCGAACAGGCGGUUUAGGAGAACCAUCACAUCUUGGAUCAAGGGAGGGCAUAUCGGAAGCGGAUCAUUCGGGUCAGUCUACGAGGCGAUCAGCGAUGAUGGGUUUUUCUUUGCUGUCAAGGAAGUGUCAUUGAUUGACCAAGGAAUCAAUGCAAAACAGCGCAUCGUCCAGCUUGAGCAUGAGGUAUCCCUCUUGAGUCGUUUGGAGCAUGAUAAUAUUGUUCAGUAUUAUGGAACAGACAAGGAAGAUGGCAAAUUGUAUAUUUUUCUUGAACUUGUGACCCAAGGCUCUUUGGCUGCUUUAUAUCAAAAAUAUUGUUUACAAGAUUCACAAGUAUCAGCAUAUACAAGGCAGAUUUUGAAUGGUUUGAACUAUCUACAUCAGCGAAAUGUGCUGCACAGGGACAUCAAAUGUGCAAAUAUUCUAGUUGAUGCAAAUGGUUUGGUCAAAUUGGCAGAUUUUGGGCUUGCGAAGGAGAUGUCAAUUUUGAGCCAAGCAAGAUCUAGCAAGGGAACUGUCUUCUGGAUGGCCCCUGAGGUUGCUAAGGCUAAGCCACAUGGACCUCCAGCAGAUAUAUGGAGUCUUGGCUGCACAGUUUUGGAGAUGCUGACCGGCAAAGUUCCAUACCCUGAUAUGGAAUGGACACAUGCUUUGCUCAAAAUUGGUAGGGGAAUACCACCAAAAAUUCCCAAUACGUUAUCAGAAGAUGCCCGGGAUUUCAUAGCAAAGUGUGUUCAAGCAAACCAAAAGGACCGGCCAUCUGCUGCUCAGCUGUUGGAGCACCCUUUUGUGAAGAGACCACUGCAACAUUAA